AUGGCAACAUUAUUUCCACCAGGCUAUGGAGGUUAUCCAUCGUAUCAGUUUAGUUCACCUAAUCAGUAUUCUAGUCGAUAUUAUAAUGAUAGAUAUGGAAGGCGAGAAAUGGCUUUUGCACCUCAUUAUCCCACUCAACAACCUUUGUAUCAACCACCAUUCAAUCCCGCUGGAGCGUAUUCAUCAAAUAGAUAUGAUAAAGCUGGAUUAUUCGGUUUUGGAAAUCAACUUAUAGGUGCUCUAAAUGAAUUAGAUGAUCGAUAUCGACAAGAACAAUAUUAUAAUAGAUUAUCAAAAUUAGAAAGACAGUAUCAAAGAUUACAUGGCACUGCUAUGCCAUUACCGUAUCAAUCAGCUCCACAAUAUGAAUAUGUAAAAGAGACGCAAAUUGUACCAUUUCCAAUCCUUAUGAAUCCGGGUGCAGCAAGUUAUGGUACUCAAACUAUUAUCGGUAAUAAUAAUCCUUGGAAUAUGGGCUAUAAUAAUAAUACGACUAUGAAUUUUGGAGCAGGUUUUGGUGGAGAUUUACCACCAAAAAUUAGAGUCAUUUUUAUACCAACAGGUCAAUCUCUUUCGCAACAACCAUGUACAGGUCCAUUGGCGAUGCCACCUUUUCUGUACAAUCGUAUAUCACAACCAUUAUCUUCAUUUCCAUUACCACCACCGUUGCCACAGCUUGGAUCAAUGCCUCUUACUCCGGCCGUACAGCAAAUGGUUCUACAACGCUAUAGUAAUCCUAUUGCUGUAUUACCUUAUAGUUCUAACUGGCAACAACCUCAAUUGAUGAGGCCCAAUUUUUCACAAGGUUUCCAACAACAACUACAACAACCUAUGGUACCCAUGCAACCAUAUCUUCCGGCUCCUCAAUCAUAUAUGCCUCCUGCGAUGCCCGCUUAUCCAUCAUAUCCUGCUGCUUCACAGCAAUACAAUUCUUUUCCUGCUCCUGUACCUUUUCAAGGUUUUCCAUCACAAGCACCUGCACCACAACCAUACGCUUCCUAUCCUGCUCCUGCACCUGUUCAAUGUUUUCCAUCACAACCACCUGCACCACAACCAUACGUUCCCUAUCCUCCUCCUGCACCCGUUCAAAACUUUUCAGCAUUACAACCCGCUCCUGCUUCUGUACCUAUUCAAGGUUUUCCAUUAUUACCACCUGCUCCACAACCUUAUAUACCUGCUCCUGCUUAUACACAAGGAUAUUCGUCACUUCCACCUGCGCCACAGCCUUACGCUCCUCCUUCUAGUUUUACUGUUCCAUAUAAUAAUCAAUGUAUACCACAAUCACCACUAUCUCAGUUUUCAUCAGUAUCCGAUCCUUCGAGUACUAGCUAUCCAAGUCUCUGUCGUGCAUGUCCACCAGCACCACCUCCACUCACCAUAUCGGUUUCAGGUCAUUGUUGGGUACAACAUUGUUCCGCAUGUCAUCAUGUACCUACCCAUGACACCAAUCAUAAUGUUCGACCAAAUACUGGACGAUCUACACCGUUACUUCGUCAUCCAACUGUACCACAAUAUGUACCAGAUCAAACACCAUAUCAACCACCAUAUCCACAACAACAACAACAACAACAACAGUGUAUGCUCCCGAAUGCUCCUGGUAUGAUGCGUCCAUGGUUACGAAAGACACCACCACUUCCGCCUGGUUCUGUUGUUCUUUCCGAUAAAUGUUUCAAUAGAGAUGGUUCUUGCUGCUGGGACUAUAGUCAUUCACAGAAACAACAUAGACCACACAGACAACAUAGAGAACGUAGACAACAUAGAGAGCAUAAACGUGGUUCUCAAAGCAAACGUCGAUCUACAACAAUCUCAUCAAGAUCAGGAUCUUCUGAUGAACCAACUGCGUUAAAAGCAAGCAAAAGUGUUUCACCAAGAAGAGCAAGCAAAAAUAGUAAGAAUUCUUCUCAAGAAAAAGCACCUGUUAUAUUAAAGAAUCCAGAAUCACGAAGUUCAUCAUCUGGUUUAUCUACUGAAUAUGAUAAAACAGCAAUGUAUGUGCCUCCGGAGAAGAAAGAGCCUGUUCCUGAACAAUUAGCAGGAGAAGCUCGUAAUGUUAAUCUUCAAUAUAAUUAUCAACCACAAGAAUUACCUUCUGUUUAUCAUACUAAUCGUUAUUUAAAAUCAAGCAGUGAAACUUCAACAAUAUCCUUGAGUGGUCGUGCAUCAUCAGAACUUUCUUUCUCAUACGUUAAACAAGGUAGUCGAACUGUAACGGUUAUUAAUGAUUUAAAUUCAAUAAACGAAGAGUCAUUCAAUCACAAAAAACAGGAGAAGCCGCCUCUUCCACCUUCGUAUACAAGAAAAUUGAAAGAUAAAUUAUAUAUUAUACGAGAGUUAUCAGCUGCUUCUCCAUCAACAUUUAGUACAUAUUCAUCGGAUGCGCCAUUUGAUAUCAUUGACAAGGAUAUAGACUCUAUUUCGCUAUCAAGCACAAUUGAAGGAAACAAAUUAGAAGGAGACGCUAACCUUCAUCAUCAAAUGUUUUAA